GCUAUCCCAGUCGAUCACUACACUCAGAAUGAGACUGCGUUCUUCGAAAGAAAACACAAGUCCGGCGAUGUUUUGUCUUUCAAUCGUAAUCAGGAAGCUUUCAAACCGCCUACGUUAAUCCCAGCAAAAGAGUUGGUGAAGAGGCUUAUGACCCGACCAGAUCGCCACAUGAGACGAGGGCAAGAAGAGGCUGAUAAACACCCAGAUGAUAGGGAGGAUAAUGAUUUCUAUGUAAAUGAAAUGCCGGACGCGGAUGAAAAGGACUACAAAGAACCUGUUGGAUAG